AAGCACACUUCAACUUGUUUGCCUCCGUUGAAGCGCUCACGUCAAAAAUGUUUGAACAACAAUCGUGCGGCAUGAAAGAGAAAUCAUUUUACAACACUGUUCAAUGUCAAAGUUUUUCUUCCGAUGGAAAUUAUUUAUUAGCUGGGAAUAUAUAUGGCGAUGUUUCUGUUUAUGAGUUGUCUAAGGUACUGGGUCCCUAUCAUGGAGAUGACUGUGAUCCAAGAGGGCCGAAUUAUCAGUUCAAUGCGUAUACACAACAGCAAGUUCACAGCAUUACAGCAACAGAUAAAUUUCUGAUUACUGGAACGGUAGGAGAAAUAUCUGGAUGGGACUGGAAAGUUGUGACUUCCAAUAAAGUAUCUAAAAUUAAAGUUUCCUGGACGAUUCAGAUACCAACUGUUAAGGAUAGCUACGUUAAGCCGGAUGUCAACUACAUGCUAAUUUCACACGAAGACAACGUACUACAUGCUGGUUGUGGCGAUAAUAAGAUAUAUACGUUCAGCUUAGAGGGUGGAACGUUACUCAGAACACUCGAAGGUCAUGAGGAUUUCAUCCAUGAUCUUUCAAUUUUGGGUAAUCAGCUGGCAUCUGCUAGUGAAGAUGGGUCAGUAAGACUGUGGGACAUGAGAACAAAGGAAAACACAAACGUCGUGAAGCCUUUCUUAGCAGACAAAGUAAACAGACCGGGGCUCGGCAAAUGGAUUGGAACCGUUGAUUUUACGGAAGACUGGCUUCUCUGUGGAGGUGGUCCAAAGUUGGCUCUCUGGCAUAUGCGAACCAUGGAAGUGGCUACGAUAUUUGACUUGCCUGAUAAAGGUAUUCACGUUGGAUCUAUUCACGAAGAGAGAAUUAUUGCUGGAGGAGCAAUGCCGAACGUUCACCAUCUCACCUACCAAGGAGAAGCGUUAGCCGAAGUUCCGACGUCGAGCAAUACAAUUUAUUCUAUCGUUCAUCAAGAGAGUCCACAAAAAUUAUUGAGUAUGGCCGGAUCAAGCAAUAAUAUUGACAUUUGUACAAAUUUCAGCUAUAGAGAAAUGGUACUGAAAUUUGCUUGAUAUAACAAAUUAAAACACCUUUAUCAAGAUACAAAACUGAAAACUCCUAUUCUGCUGCAAGUCACUGCAUAGCUCUACCUCCAGAACUUAUCGAACUGUAGAGGCAACCAAUA